GCCCCGCCCCCGCCUCCCACCGCCCAUUGGCUGCGAGAGGCCGGUGCGGUCCGCACUCGCGGGGCUCGUUUCGGUUCAGGCGCCGGAGCCGGCAGAUUGGCGUUGGCCGUCGAUAUGACGCCCGAAGACCCUGAGGAGACCCAGCCGCUUCUGGAGCCUCCUGGCGGCAGCGCGCCCCGCGGCCGCCGCGUCUUCCUUGCCGCCUUCGCCGCUGCCCUGGGCCCACUCAGCUUCGGCUUCGCGCUCGGCUACAGCUCCCCGGCCAUCCCAAGCCUGCAGCGCGCCGCGCCCCCGACCCCACGCCUGGACGACGAAGCCGCCUCCUGGUUCGGGGCCAUCGUGACCCUGGGCGCCGCGGCAGGGGGUGUGCUGGGCGGCUGGCUGGUGGACCGUGCCGGGCGCAAGCUGAGCCUCCUGCUGUGCUCCGUGCCCUUCGUGACCGGCUUUGCUGUCAUCACCGCGGCCCAGGACGUGUGGAUGCUGCUGGGGGGCCGCCUCCUCACCGGCCUGGCCUGCGGUGUUGCCUCCCUAGUGGCCCCGGUCUACAUCUCCGAAAUCGCCUACCCAGCAGUCCGGGGGCUGCUCGGCUCCUGUGUGCAGCUGAUGGUCGUCAUCGGCAUCCUCCUGGCCUACCUGGCAGGCUGGGUGCUGGAGUGGCGCUGGCUGGCUGUGCUGGGCUGCGUGCCUCCCUCCCUGAUGCUGCUGCUCAUGUGCUUCAUGCCUGAGACCCCACGCUUCCUGCUGACUCAGCACAGGCGCCAGGAGGCCAUGGCCGCCCUGCAGUUCCUGUGUGGCUCCGAGCAGGGCUGGGAAGAACCCCCAACUGGGGCCGAGCAGAGGGGAGCUCCUUGCAGGAGGGAAGAGAGAGAUCCUGAUGGCCAAUCUCCGUCAGAGCAGGGCUUCCACCUGGCCCUGCUGUGGCAGCCUGGCAUCUACAAGCCCUUCGUCAUCGGCGUCUCCCUGAUGGCCUUCCAGCAGCUGUCGGGGGUCAACGCCAUUAUGUUCUAUGCACAGACCAUCUUUGAAGAGGCCAAGUUCAAGGACAGCAGCCUGGCCUCAAUCAUUGUGGGUGUCAUCCAGGUGCUGUUCACAGCUGUGGCAGCCCUCAUCAUGGACAGAGCAGGGCGGAGGCUGCUCCUGGCCUUGUCAGGUGUGGUCAUGGUGUUCAGCAUGAGUGCCUUCGGUGCCUACUUCAAGCUGACCCAGGGUAGCCCUGGCAACUCCUCGCAUGUGGCCCUCUCAGCGCCCGUCUCCACAGAGCCUGUUGAUGCCAACGUGGGGCUGGCCUGGCUGACUGUGGGCAGCAUGUGUCUCUUCAUUGCCGGCUUUGCCAUGGGUUGGGGGCCCAUCCCCUGGCUCCUCAUGUCAGAGAUCUUCCCUCUGCACGUCAAGGGCGUAGCAACAGGCGUCUGCGUCCUCACUAACUGGCUCAUGGCCUUUCUCGUGACCAAGGAAUUCAGCAGCCUCAUGGAGGUCCUCAGGCCCUACGGAGCCUUCUGGCUCGCCUCCGCCUUCUGCAUCUUCAGUGUCCUUUUCACCUUGUUCUGUGUUCCUGAAACCAAAGGAAAGACUCUGGAACAAAUCACAGCCCAUUUUGAGGGGCGAUGACAGCCACUCACUAGGGGAUGGCGGGAGCCUGUGACUCUGAGCUCCACCCAAGCCCAGAGCCCCUGCCUGCCCCAGGGGAGCCAGAAUCCAGGAGCACAGCCCCUUGGAGCCUUGGUUUGCAGGGUCUCUCCUUCGUGUCUAGCUGCCUCCUGUUCCAGUUCCUGCUGCUGCUCUGUGGACUCGGGAUUACCUUGGAGCUUUGCAGACCUGCAGUCAGCCCUCCACACAUGACACUAAAGCAGCAGAAGGAGAGGUGGGCCUCUGGGAUCUUUGUCUUCUGGCUGGAGGUGCUUUUGGAGGUUGGGUGCUGGGCACCUGGUCGCUCCUCUCAUGUGGCUGCCUUAUUGGGGAGGAACUUUGUUUGCCAAAUAAAGAUUGACAGAAAACCA